AUUGUUUCUUUACUUUUUUUCUUUGAGUUCUGUGUGGAAUCGUAGAUUUUUCUUUCUGUAGAUUUUCCUUUUUCAUUUUACUAAGUGAACUUGAUCUGGUAAGUAAUGAAUGAAUGACUAGAAAGAAAAGCGACUGAAUCUGUUUCGUUUUGGAUCUUAAGCUGAAACUAGUGAUAAGGCUCGCGAUCUGCGAGGCUCUUGCUUUUUUAAGACUAAAAGGAGUGAACGGUUAUGCUUCUUUUUGGAGCUUGCAAUUUGCGGAGUUGAACAAAAGAGGGAACAAAACACUGCUCAACAGCUAGUUAGGAUUUUGCGGCCAGUGAUCUUUUGUGGUGCAAUGCGGGGUAUUGGAAGCAAGAUUAAGAUUGGAAUUUUGAUUACUUUGUUUUUAGGGGUUUCUCUCGGGGUUUUGUAUUCAUUGCUGAAUCCCGUUUCAAAUGGAUGUGUUAUGACUUACAUGUAUCCUACGUACAUUCCUAUUACCUCGUCUGAAAGUGGUUCGCCGGUGAAGUAUGCAUUGUACCUGUAUCAUGAGGGGUGGAAGAAGAUUGAUUAUAAGGAUCAUCUCAAAAAGCUUAGUGGUGUGCCAGUGCUUUUUAUCCCGGGCAAUGGUGGUAGCUACAAACAGGUCCGGUCUGUGGCUGCAGAAUCUGAUAGGGCAUAUCAGAGUGGUCCCCUGGAGCGUACAUUUUACCAAGAAGCUUCUCUAAGCCCCAAAGAAGGAGGUUCAGACAAAAAUAUAUCUGGUUUUCGGUUACCCAGCCAGUAUACUAGCAGGCUAGACUGGUUUUCUGUUGAUCUUGAAGGAGAACAUUCUGCAAUGGAUGGUGCGAUUCUUGAAGAGCACACUGAAUAUGUUGUGUAUGCUAUUCACAAGAUUUUAGAUCAGUAUAAAGUGUCUUAUGAUGCUCGAAUAAGAGAAGGUACUCCAGUUUCUGGGAGUUUGCCAAAUAGUGUGAUAUUAGUUGGUCAUUCUAUGGGUGGUGUUGUUGCUAGAGCUGCUGUUAUCCACCCUCGCCUUAGGAAAUCAGCAGUUGAAACUGUUCUUACAAUGGCAUCCCCUCAUAAAUCACCACCUGUGCCAUUGCAGCCUUCCUUGGGUCAUUAUUUUGCACGUGUAAAUUCUGAAUGGAGAGAGGGAUAUAAAGUUCAGAGGACUAACACUGGGCGUUAUGUCUCUGGUCCUGCACUCUCUCAUGUCGUUGUUGUAUCUAUUUCUGGUGCAUAUAAUGAUUACCAGGUACGGUCACAAUUAGCAUUGCUUGAUAAUAUUGUACCCCCAACACAUGGCUUCAUGAUCAGUAGUACUGCCAUGAAAAAUGUGUGGUUGUCCAUGGAACAUCAGGCUAUUUUAUGGUGUAAUCAAAUGGUUGUCCAAGUCUCACACACACUUCUUAGUCUGAUAGACUCGAGAACAGGCCAACCUUUUCCUGAUACUCAAAAGAGGCUAGCAGUGUUUGCAAGAAUGCUGCGUAGUGGAAUAUCAGAUAAUUUCAAUAGGAUGAUGCAGUUGCCCUCUUCUAAACAGUCAAUGCAUGUUCCUGGCCAGAACACACAAGAUGCUACUGGAUCUCUAGUACAUAGAUCGGUUUCGUGCCCUGCCAAUAUUCAUUGGAACGAAGAGGGCCUUGAUAGAGACCUAUACAUUCAGACAAAUGUUGUAACUGUAUUAGCAAUGGAUGGUCGAAGACGGUGGUUGGACAUACAAAAAUUGGGGUCAAAUGGAAAAAACCAUUUUGUGUUUGUGACCAAUCUUGAACCGUGUUCUGGAAUUAGAAUUCAUUUGUGGCCAGAAAAGGGAAAAUCUUCCCCAGAUUUGCCUCUCAAUGAUAGGGUGGUUGAAGUAACAUCAAUGAUGAUGCGUAUUCCUUCAGGUCCAGCACCACGACAGCUUGAGCCUGGCAGUCAGACCGAGCAAGCCCCUCCAUCUGCUGUGUUUUGGUUGGGACCAGAAGACAUGCGUGAUUUCAAAUUUCUUACCAUCUCAGUUGCACCUCGUCCGUCUGUUUCAGGAAGGCCACCACCGGCAGUAUCCAUGGCAGUUGGGCAGUUCUUUAACCCAGACGAAGGGAAGAAAGAUUUAUCUGCAUGGUUUAUGCUUCAGUCUAUCUAUUCUCAAAAGGAACUGUUAUUGGAGGAAGCACAUCCUUUGGCUGUCAAAUUAUCAUUUGCUGUCAGCUUGGGUCUUCUUCCUGUUACUUUGUCUAUGAAAGCUGUCAGUUGUGGAAUUAAAAAUACUGGACUUCCAGAGGAGGAAGCUGGAGACCCUGAAAGCACUAAUCUCUGUAAAUUGCGCUGCUUCCCACCUGUUGCACUUGCUUGGGAUGAUACAGCUGGUCUUAGCAUAUAUCCAAACUUGAAUACGAAGACAAUUUUUGUGGAUUCCACACCUGCUCUUUGGAGUUCAACUCAGCAUUCAGAGAAAACUGUAGUUCUUCUAUUGGUUGACCCACAUUGUUCUUAUAAAAGUAGCAUUUCAACAUCCGUUAGUGCCGCUGCGAGUAGGCUUCUGCUGCAGUAUUGUCCAAAGAUAGUUGGUUUCUCUAUUGCUGUUAUUUUCUUUGCUCUAAUGCGGCAAGCAUGUUUAUGGGAUGCUGGUCUACGGAUACCAACAAUGUUAACAGCUCUGCAAUCCAAUUUAACACUUUUAUCACAUUUGUUUCCCCUAGCCAUUCUACCCAUUUUCUUAUCCUUUUUCCUUUCCGUGCUGCUGUCUCGGCCAUUUCCCCCAUUUGCUAGCUUCAUUGGCAUCUCCCUGAUUUGUUAUAUCUUCGCAAAUGGGUUUGUAGCAAUUCUGGCUUUGAUAUCUCACUUGGUAUUCUUUGUGGCUGCUGUGACACACAUCUUCAUCAAGACAAGGUGGCAAAUGUGGGAACAAAAUGGUUUUAUUUUUCUUCGUUGGUUUGUCAAUCUGUCAUCUAGUUUCUUUUCUCUAAAGGGGGUCAGAGUUUUGAGAGCAAAUCCAGUACUUGUAACGGUGCUUGCUGCAAUGAUCUUUGCAUGCUUGGUUCAUCCAGCAUUUGGUCUACUAAUCCUUCUGUGCUCUCAUUUUUUCUUCUGCCACAACGCGCUAUGCAGCUUCCUCAUGGCUUCUUGCCGUAACCAUGAACAAAACAAUGGAACUUUAGAUUCUUUGUCUCAAGUCCACAAUGGGUCUGAACGGCCGAGGUUCAAAUUCGAUGGUAGUUUUGAUCGGACAUUCCCUUCAGAAAAUGACUCUUCCAAUAGUCCGGAUUCAUCAAAAAGUUUUAGUGACACCCAGUUAGAUGCAUUCCACCAUCGCCAUGGGUUGUUGUUGUUGCAUUUUGUUGCAACGAUGAUGUUUGCCCCCUCCAUGGUAGCUUGGUUCCAGAGGCUAGCUAUGGGCAAGUCUCUCCCAAGGCUUCUGGAUUCAACACUUUGUAUCUGCGUUAUACUUCACGGCAUCUGCAACACAAAGCCAGAGUUCAAUUCUUUCUUUUUGCCCAUCAGGGGGGUCCCCAUCCUCAAAGUUCGUCUAUACUUCCUAUAUCUGAUAGCUGGAUACUGUUCCUAUUUUGCUGGUCUGGCCAUGGCUCCGUACAUAGCCUUUUAUGCUAUGGCUGCUAUAGGUGCCAUUUCCUUUACUUUAAGGAUGUUGCAAAGAAGGAAUAGGGAUACAAAACAGGUUACUUAUGGCAGCAGAAAGCGGCACUAAACAAGCUUCAACAACUUCGUAGAACUAGAUAAUAGGAUGUCAGGAGUUCUCACUGUUAUGAAUUUACGAUUGUUUUGAUGAUGUAUACCUCGGUCAUUGCUGUUUGAUGCUUCAUGUCGAGACGAAAUUUCACUGGUGAAAUGAAACUGAGAGUGUGUAAUCCGAGUAUUCCACGUAGAACUGUUGCAACAUUUUAGAAGCUUUGGGCUUAGCAUUUCUUUUGUUCAUAUUUUUUUCUUUUAUUCUUUUAUACAUAUGUGCCAAGGUCCUUUUUUGCUAGCGGAUCUUUGUAUAAGGAUAUACAUUGUAGAAUUUUGCUGGAACACAAUUAAAAUCUUCUUGAUGGUUUGA